AUCCCAACAACAACCACUCUGUGUUUCUUUUUAGUCUCUUCUUUUGUUUCCCUCCUCCUUCAUCUUCAUCUCAAAUUCAUUUCACAACUCUCUCUCUCUCUCUCUCUCUCUCUAAUGGAACUUUCUCUUACCAAUUCUUAAACUCUAUCUCUCUCUCAAACUCUCUAUUCCCAUUCUCCUCACUUCCAUUUCUAUUUUAAUUUCAGGAUAAAUUUUUAUUUGUUUAAAGAGGAUGAUUGCAGCAAAUACCGUGGAGGAAAUUGACUGUGCGAAUUUCUUCGACAAUAUUGAGGACCUUCUUGAAGACCUUGAUGAUCACGACGUCGAUUUUAAUACCAACUCCGCUGCCUUCCCUCCCAUUUGGUCUCAACAUUCCGAUUCUUUGCCUUCCGACGCCGUCGUCGACCCCGUCCUGUUUCCCGUUAAUACUGCUGACUCUGCACUCUCCCCCGACCUCUGUGUUCCGUACGAUGACCAAAUGGAAUGGCUCUCAAACUUCGUUGACGAUUCCUUCUCCGGCGCCGAAACUCUAACCAUCAACACUUCCAAUUCAUCACCGCCGAGCCAAUUUCACAUCUCAAGUCCAGUCUCCGUUCUCGACAGUAGCAGCAGCAGCAGCUCCAGCUUUGACGAAAAAAAACCUUUAACCACCAAGGACGGUAGACGAGGCCGCGCUCGCAGCAAGCGUCCUCGACCAACCACUUUCAUUCCCCGGCCACCGCAACUCAUUUCACCAACGAAUUCAGGCAGUAAGGUUUCGUCGGAAUCAGAGAACUACGCCGAAUCCUGUUCUCCAUUACCAUUACCAAAGAAAACGAAGAAAAUCAAAUUGACAUUCCGACGAGAUCAAAACGAUGCCCUUAAUCCGCAAGGGAUGAGAAAAUGCCUACAUUGUGAAGUGACGAAGACGCCACAAUGGAGAGCAGGGCCAUUAGGACCUAAAACUCUAUGUAAUGCUUGUGGGGUCAGAUACAAGUCGGGCCGCCUGUACCCGGAGUACCGACCGGCAGCCAGUCCAACUUUUGUCCCCUGUUUACACUCCAAUUCGCACAAGAAAGUUCUCGAGAUGAGAAUAAAACAAGUGAAGAAAGGUGUGGAGUUGACGGGGGAAGAAUCACCACCGGAACUCAUUCCAAAUACAGACAGCGGCAUUAUCCUGGGGUACAUUCGACCGGAGAAAGCCAUAUUGACCGUCCCCUCUCAAACAAUUCCUUAAUUUUUUUUUUUUUUUUUGAAAAUUUAAUUUGUAGGGGUUAUUUGUACAAAGAGAUGGGGAUUUGGGAGUAGAAGGAAAGAAAUAGAAAGAGAGAAUUUAGAAUAUUUAUAAGGGUUUUAGGGAGAGAGAUGAUAUAUGAAGAGUAGAAAGGACUAGGGGUUUUUAGUUUGGUUAUUAAUUGCCACAUUAGGUCCUUUAUUUAUAAGUUUAUUAUUAGAUAUUGGUUUUUGGUUUUUGGGGCUUUCUUAUUCUUUUGUUUCAUUUUCAUUUUCAUAUAUCAUGUUUGGUUAUCACAAAAUUCUUUUUGCAGUUUAAACGGUGAAUGAAAAGUUGUUCAAUUUUUUUUUU